AAAUAGUGAGUCUCCUGCUUGUUCAGAGAAGAAAACAUGAUUUUGUGCUUUGUUUGGUGUUUUUCUUGUCCCUUAUAUGCACUAUUGGAUCAUUGUUGUGACACUUACUUAACUUUUUUUUUGUUUGUUUGUUUUAGAAGGUGCAGCUCCGUCACCAUUGCCCCUUCUAUCUACACCAUCUUCUGCACGUACUGGACUCAUAAAGACUGGAGGGAGAGUCUGCGCUGACCUGCCCCCAUGAAUGAGGUCAUUGAUCGUCUCCUUACGAAGCACCGGGGACAAAAGGACAUGCUGAAGCUAGUGUACCAGGACUAUGCAGCUCUGGUUCAAAGCUCCUGCCGAGACCCAAACAGCUUGCUCCACCCUGUGACAAGACACAUCAAACGCCUAGCCAAACUCCUGAGGUUAGGGACUGCAGAUGGAAACUAGCUGUCUAGCUAUAAUCUGGUGCAGAACAUCUCUGUUUGUUUUAAACUUAAUGAAUCUGUACACUGUCCCUUCAAAUAAAGACUAAACCUAAACCGGAACACGACCACAUCCCUGAACACCAGCCCAGAAAAGCUCCAGGACCGAUAAAGGCUGUGGGAUUCUCUCACAUCAGGAAGUGAAACCACCAGUGUCCUAGUUGUGCAGAUGUCUGAUCAUAUCACUAUUCCACCUCCACCUGCUCAGGCUCCCACCACAACUCUGACCCAUGAAGCUGUUGAAAAAAACGUCCAAAACAUCCUAGAGAAGUAGCAGCAGCAUGAACAACUGGUCGCACAAAAAAAGCCCCAAACUAAAAAGUGCCUUUCCUGUGGCCAGCCCAAAUCCAGAUAUGAAAAUGAUGGUUCCUCCAUCCACUUUUUCUAUCAGCAAGGACCUGUCAUGGUACUUUUAUUGCCCUACAAAAGUCUUUCAAACAUACAACGCAGAAGGCCUGACAAACCCCAAAAUGGCGUUUGAAUAUUUUUUGAAGACAGAAUUCUGGAUGGAUCUCUUUGGUGACUUGAGGGAGCGGCAUCUCUUCAAUGAGAGCUAUCUGCACAUCUGUUUAGUCAGAUUCUGCUUCCUGGAUGUCCUGCAGAAAGAAUUCGAUGAAUACAAGCAGUUCUGGAACACUCAUACCAUUCGCCCCGUACGUCAGUCCCAGUGCCCAUCUGGCAAACCUGAAGCGAUGUACCACAGGUUUGAUGGAAGGAAUUGUGGCUUCCCAACAUCUGCAGAGCCCAUUACACUGUUCAGCAGCCAGAUGCCACCUGCAGCUACUCUGGACUCUGACGAAGAAGAUCUUGAAGCUCACUUUUCUCAGCUGCAAAGAAAAAGUGGAUUGCCAACUCCUCUCGACUGGGAAGCUGCUACUGAAAAGGCUUGAAAGAGAGUUCAGAUAAAUGCACAUUCAAUAUAAAAUGAAUUAAUUAAUAUAAAAAUAAAUAAACUCUGAAAGGAAAUCCUAAUAAAAGCGGACAGAUGUUGAAAGCAUUACCUUCACUUGGCCUGGCUUGUUGAGAUGUAUCGGCAUUAUACAGGAAGCUGCUAUUUUUCCCACAUGAACAGCAGAAUUUUGGUUGGGACACCAAGGUGGAUGCACAAAAGGGGCAGUACAUUGUCAGCUGUAAAAAGACAAAUAAAGGAUCAGACUGGUGAACACACAAAUUCACAAAACAUAACUGGCAGUGAUAUUGCGCGUCAAAGGAAGCUCUUGACUAAAUAAGAGGCUAAAUUACUGUCACCUAGAUUGCCACCAGCCACUCCAAAAAUAAAUAAUUUCAGUUCUAUUAAUUAUCUGAAUCUGAACAAUCUUUUCUUUUGAAAAAACUUUUAUUUUGAACAAUGACUGGAUUCUCUCAGUUACAUCUCGGUCGCUGGAGCACCAAAAAUGUAACCCACAAAUAAGAAAAACCUAGUAAAAAAAAAAAAACAGAA